AUGCCCGUUGAGCUCCGCAAGCGCAAGGCGCCCGCUGCUCCCCCGCCGGCUCCCCCGGCCAAGAAGCAGUCCAAGGUCGCCAAAGCCGCUGCCAAGGUGAAGGAGGCGGUGACCGGCAAGCCUGCAAAGGCCGCUCCCGCCGCAAAGAGCAACGGGGACGCCGCCCCAGCUGCUGCCGGCAAGGUCGCCGUGGGCGAUGUGAUCCCUCUCGACGGUUUCGGCGGCGAGAUCGAGACCAACGACGGCAAGAAGACCAGCCUCAAGGCGCUCGUGGACGAGAGCGGCUCGGGCGUGGUGCUCUUCACGUACCCCAAGGCGUCGACGCCCGGCUGCACGACCCAGGCGUGCCUGUUCCGCGACUCGUACGCGCCGCUGACCAAGGGCGGCCUCGCCAUCUACGGCCUGUCCAAGGACUCGCCCAAGGCCAACACCACCUUCAAGGAGAAGCAGAAGCUGCCCUACCCGCUGCUGUGCGACCCCGCCGGCACGCUCAUCGGGGCCAUCGGCCUCAAGAAGGCGCCCUCGGGCACCACGCGCGGCGUCUUCGUCAUCGACAAGGCCGGUAAGGUCCUUGUGGCCCAGCCCGGCAGCCCCGCUGGCACUGUGGAGGUCGUCAACAAGCUUGUCGAGAGCCUCGCCGGUAGCUCGGCUGCUGAGGCGGUUCCUGUGCCGCUCAAUGGAGACGAUCCCAAGGAAGAGGAGAAGCCGGUGGAAGCUGCGGCAAAGACUGAGUAA